AUGAAGGUCACCUUCAGAGAUCUCAAGCAGCAGAAAUUCACCCUCGAAGUCGAGCCCACCGACCUGAUCUCGGCCGUCAAGGAACGCAUUUCUACCGAAAAGGGAUGGGAUCCCAAGCACCAAAAGCUCAUCUACUCAGGUGCGGACGAACAGAACCCCGCGCCAACUGCCCCGCCAUUCCUGACCAACUUUUUAGGCAAGAUUUUAAAGGAUGAGGAGACAGUCGCUUCUUACAACAUUGAGGAAAAGGGCUUCGUUGUCUGCAUGGUGAACAAGCCCAAGGAAAAGCCAGCCGCGGCUACUCCCUCGGCCGCCGCUCCUCCUGCGACGCCAGCUCAGCCUGCCCAAGGCACUCCCGCCGCCCCAGCUGCUCCCAACCAGUCGUCUGCGAGCCUAACCGCCAACAUCCCCGCCACCCCGACUCCCAACCGCAGCACCGAUGCCACGGCUCCUGCUGGCGGCGACUCGGCCGGCCUCACCAUGGGCACCGAGCGCGCCGCUGCCAUUACGAGCAUGGAGGCCAUGGGCUUUGAGAGAAGUCAGAUUGAGGCUGCCAUGCGUGCUGCCUUUAACAACCCCGAUAGAGCCGUCGAGUACCUCCUAACCGGCAUUCCCGAAAACAUUCAGCAGGAGCAGCAGGCUCGUCAGGCCGCCGCCGCCGCUCCUGCUGCCCCAGCCGCCCCUCAGACGACACAGACCGGCGGCGAUGAGGAGGGCGGAAGCGUCAACCUGUUUGAUCUCGCCGCCCAGCACGGUGGCUCGGGCGGAUCGCGCGGCGGCAGUGGUGACGCUGCUGCUGCCGCGGCCGACUUGGGCAACCUGGAUUUCCUACGUACGAACCCUCAGUUCCAACAGCUCCGCCAAGUCGUACAACAGCAGCCCCAGAUGCUGGAGCCCAUCUUGCAACAGCUCGGUGCUGGCAACCCUCAGCUCGCCCAGCUCAUCGCCUCCAACCCCGACGCUUUCCUCCAGCUGCUCGGCGAGGAUGCCGAAGACGACGUUCCUCUGCCUCCCGGCGCCCAGGCCAUUUCUGUCACUGAGGAGGAGCGCGACGCCAUUGAGCGCCUGUGCCGCCUUGGCUUCGACAGAGAUCAGGCUAUCCAGGCCUACUUUGCUUGCGACAAGAACGAGGAACUCGCAGCCAACUUUUUAUUCGACCAGCCCGAGGACGAGCAGCCGCCUGCGAGCCAAUAG